AUGUUAUCAAUAUUGAAAUUAAUCUAUCUUUAUUUUGUAAAUUAUGUAUAUUUUUCGAAUAAACAAAAAAUUCGUAAAGAUCUGGUAAAUCAUGUUUGGAAAGAAGCCACUUUUAAAGCAAGAUUAUAUAAUGAUUAUGAUGAAAAGUUACUAAAAGAAUGGCAUGAAGAUCAAUCGAGAUUCGUUAAAGAAAAUACAAUUUUAACAUUAAUGGAAACCAAGUACCUUUUUGAUCAAAUAAUUAAGAUCAGAGAAGCUGUAGAUAAAAAAAUAAAAGUAGCGAAAUAUUCAUAUGAAAGUCCUAUACCUCAUUGCAUUGUUGAGUGGAUAGAAUUUUGUGAAUUAGAAAAUGUCAAGUUUUUAGCUAAAGGUGGAAAUGUGGCACUUAAAGUUUUUAAUGGAGACAGUCUCCCUGAUGAAGAAUUUUUUCAAGAAGCAUAUUGGAAUCACAUAUUCACUAAACAAUGGAAUUACAGACCUUGUGUUGUUGGUAUACUAGGAUUCACAAAAAAUCAAGAAGGAAAAUAUAUGAUUGUCUUAGAUUUAUGUGAGGGAGGCGACUUACAAAAUUAUCUCCAAAAAUAUUAUAAAAUAAUGAGUUGGAAAGAUAGAGUAAAAGUUGCUUGGGAUAUUUCAUAUGAUAUAUAUAGAGCAGUUUUAAGAGAAAUAGCCAACACUUUCAGAGAUGCUACUGCUGGAACUGCUGCUGCCCCAAGAGCCCCUUUUUAUGAAACUAAUAUUACUGAAUCUUCUACAUCAGAAGAAGCUAUACUUGGUGCUCAAAAAAUCGAAGCUAGGGAAUAUUAUAAUAAUAAAAAUAAAGAAUAUAAGCUUGAAGUUGAGGAAGAAGAAGCCUUUGUGAUCUCUAGUAAAGAUAUCAGUAUAUUCUCCCCCAGACUAGAAGCUCCAAUUCUACCUUCAAUAAAUAUAAACUCUUUGCAACCAAUACUACAAGCCCUAGUAGCACCUCUACAAAACCUUGACGAAAGAGAGGCCUCUCUGUAA